GAUCACUACACGCUGCUCGGCGUGUCAAGGGAUAGCUCUUCGAAAGAGAUUCAAGACAUGUUCAAGAGACUAGCCAGGCAGUUCCACCCUGAUCGCAAUGUCGGCGAUCCGACAGCAAAUCAGAAGUUCUUUGCCAUCAACCAGGCGCAUCAGGUCUUGACUGACCCCGACAAGCGCGCGGAGUACGACAAG